CAUAAUGCUGAACAGCAUCACCGAGGGGUUCCUCUGCUGCCUGAUGGGCAAAACGCACGCCGUGGGACCUCUGGACAGCGUUGAGUCCAGCAAUGGCUACAGCUUCCUGGAGGUGAAGCCAGGCAGGAUCCUGCGGGUGAGGCACAGCGCUCCGAGCCGCCCGCCCGCCGAGCCCCCCGAGGAACCCGGGGCUGCAGAGAGAGGCACGGUGCACUGCAAGCGCAAGAUCACGCUGUACCGCAACGGGCAGCUGGUGAUCGAGAACCUGGGGGACGCCGUGCGCUCCGAAAUCCUGCACUGCUCCAACGGCUCGGCCGAGCCCAGCAGCACCGUGGAGCUGGAGCUGUCUGAGCUGGCUGGCCAAACCCCGGUGCAGGGCUCUGCUGGCACGCCGGGAUCUGGUGCACGAGAUGCUGCGGCUGGAAAGCGUCGGAAGCGUAAGCCCAAGAAAGUCAUCAACAUCGACUGCAAGAAGCAGAUCACGAGCUGCAAAGGGACACACGGUGACGUGGUCCUGUUCUUCAUCCACGGCGUGGGCGGCUCGCUGGAUAUCUGGAAGGAGCAGCUGGACUUCUUCACCAAGCUGGGCUACGAGGUGGUGGCUCCUGACCUGGCCGGACACGGCUGCAGCUCGGCCCCGCAGAUCGCUGCUGCCUACACCUUCUAUGCGCUGGCUGAGGACAUGAGGGCCGUCUUCAAGCGUUACGCCAAGAAGAGGAACAUCCUGAUAGGGCACUCGUAUGGGGUCUCCUUCUGCACCUUCCUAGCCCACGAGUACCCCGACCUGGUGCAUAAAGUGAUCAUGAUCAACGGAGGGGGCCCGACGGCGCUGGAGCCCAGCCUGUGCUCCAUCUUCAACAUGCCCACCUGCGUGCUGCACUGCCUGUCCCCAUGCCUGGCCUGGAGCUUCCUCAAGGCUGGCUUUGCCCGCCAGGGUGCCAAAGAGAAGCAGCUGCUGAAGGAAGGCAACGCCUUCAACGUCUCCUCCUUCGUGCUGCGUGCUAUGAUGAGCGGGCAGUACUGGCCAGAGGGUGACGAGGUGUACCACGCCGAGCUGGCCGUGCCCGUGCUGCUGGUGCACGGCAUGCACGACAAGUUCGUGCCGGUGGAGGAGGACCAGCGCAUGGCAGAGAUCCUGCUGAUCGCUUUCCUGAAGGUGAUCGACGAGGGCAGCCACAUGGUGAUGAUGGAGUGCCCCGAGACUGUGAACACCCUGCUCCACGAAUUCGUCCUAUGGGAGCCCGAGACGCCAGCUGGGGACGGGCAAGGAGAGAAGAAAUAAGGUGGCGGGGACGCGGUGACCGGGCUGCUCCGAUGGGAGAGAUGUUGGGGAGCACGGAGGGGUUUGUGGGCGCACCGGGGCGCAGCCGGCCCUGCCGGGCACGGA